AUGCCUAUCAACUCGACCAUAAAGUUGAACACUGGUGCUGAGAUGCCCACCGUUGGCCUCGGAACCUGGAAAUCCGCUCCUGGGGAAGUAGAACACGCCGUUGAACAUGCUCUUCGGAUAGGAUACAAACUCCUUGAUACCGCUACUGCAUACGGCAACGAGGCAGAAGUUGGGAAGGGUAUCAAGGCGUCUGGCGUACCACGAGAGAGCUUCUUCUUGACGACGAAGCUCAACAACCCAGAUAUGGGUCGCCCAAAGGAAGCUUUGGAGCACUCGUUGAAGCAGCUGGACACCCCGUAUUUGGAUCUUUGGCUCAUGCACUGGCCUGCCCCUAUGACCAAGAAUGACAAGGCAGAUAAAUCUAUUGACUGGCUUGAUACCUGGCACGAGAUGGAGAAACUCUACAAGGCACAUCCAGACAAAGUCAAGGCCAUUGGUGUUUCCAACUUCUCUGUCGAAUUCCUCGAACGGCUCCUCGCCAAUUCUGAGAUUGUACCAGCUGUCAAUCAAAUUGAACUCCACCCGUCCUGCCCGCAACAAGCGGUUGUCGAUUUCUCCGUCAGCAAAGGAAUUGUUGUCACUGCCUAUUCCCCCCUUGGAUCUGAUAACUCCCCGCUCCUCAAGAAUCCUGUGGUGAACAAGAUCGCUGAGAAGUACAAUGUGGGACCUGGAACGGUUUUGAUCUCUUUGCAGGCCAACAGGCCAUACGUCAAUGUGCUUCCAAAAUCUGUGAAGAAUGAACGCAUCACUCAAAAUCUGAAGGUUAUUGGCCUCACCGAUGAGGAGAUUAAGGAGCUCAAUGAUAUCUCGAAAGAGUCGUCGUUCCGUGCUUGCCACCCCAAUUGGACUGGCUGGGGUAACCUUGGAUUCACUGAGGCUGUUUGA